AUGCGUUCUGCUAUCAUCCUUGCUGCCUUGGCAGUUGGCACUUGUGCCAAGGUUAUUGAGAAGGAAGUUUACGUGACCGACUGGACUACCGUCACCGUCACUGAGACUGUCACCCAGUGGCCCACCGCUACCGGCACCGCUGUUGUGGUCAAGCAGCACCACACCAAGCCCGCCGAGGCUGCCCUCCCCAUCGACGUUUCCAAGAAGGCCGCUAAGAUCGAUUCCGCCCCUGCCGCCGCUUCUACUACCGCUGCCGCCGUGGUUGAGGAGGCUGCUCCCAGCAGCACCUCUUCCACUACCUCCUCUUCGACCACCCAGGCCGAACUCAAGGCUGUGACCACCUCUGCUACCUCCGCGGCUACCACCACUGCUGCCGCUGCCGCUACCACUUCGGCAAGCUCGACCACCGCCGCUGCUGCCACUACCGCUCCCAGCGCUGGCAACUCCUACCAGGAGUCCGUCCUGCACUACCACAACAUUCACCGCAGCGACCACUCUUCCCCCGCUUUGACCUGGUCCACCGACCUCGAGAAGGCUGCGAACACUCUUGCCUCGCGUUGCGAGUACGGACAUGACACUUCCAUUGAGUCUGCCAGUGGAUCCUACGGUCAGAACAUCGCAUACGGUUACGACAAGGCCGACGUUGGCGAGAAGAUCAUCAGCGACAUGAUGUACACCAGAGAGGCACCCAACUUUGCCAGCCUCUACGGCCAGGCCAACCCUGAUAUGAGCAACUUCGAAGUCUGGGGCCACUUCACUCAGAUCGUCUGGAAGGCCACCACUGAAGUCGGUUGUGCCACCGUCACCUGCGCUGAUCUUAAGAACAUUGGUGGUGAGGGGGCAUACACUGUCUGCAACUACGGCUCCCCCGGCAACGUCGGCGGCGGUUAUGCCGAGAACGUCUUGAAGCCCAGCUCAUAA